ACCUGGAAAAAAAAAAAAAAUGGAGCCGCUGAAGAGCCUUUUGGAGAACCUGCGUGCAGUGUUGGACAAACUGAGAGAUGGAGAAUCCAAAGAGAAUCCCAACUUUAUUUCUCAAGAUUUCUGGGAAACACUAGGUAAGGCAUUUAAAGCCACUUCCCAGGAAGCUACAAAGAUGAGCUUAGCUUUCUCCAAGCCCCCCUUGCCAUCACCAGAGGGCUGCCAGCAGUUAAGUGACGGGCUACUCAAUGCUGUUCUAGCCGCUGCUACACUCUAUUAUUCCCUUCCUAAGGUUCAAGGUACCACUCUGCGUAAGGCUGUGCGAGAAGGUGUGGCUGGUGUGAUAAAUGGUACCAUUCAACUGGUAGAGGUGAUCCUGAGCGCUCGCAUUCAGAGUUUGACACAGGCACAGCUGGUAUCUACAGGCAGUGUGUGGGAGGCGUGUGACCAGUGGGAACAGCUUCCUAAAGAAAACUUGGCUGCUGUGGUGGUCCUGAUGUCGGGAUACCUAGAUGUUGUGAAGGAUGCUAUAGAGGAGGUAGAGCAGGCUUCUGCCAGUGAAGAUGAUCCUUAUAAUGAUAUCUUGGAUGACGACGACGAUGACGCAGAAGGUCGUGGCAAUCAAGACACGUACUGGUCUGAAGCAGACCGCAGGCUCAUGGCACCUUGUUUAGGCCUUAUGAAGGCCUCCAAAGCUUGUCUGAAGAAGUUGCUUGGUGCCUUGAAGGCUCAUGGGAAAGUGGACACAAGUGAACAUAUAGCUCAGUUGGAUGACUUAGCAGAUAUAACACAGGAGAUCAGCCCAAGUGUUGAUGAGCUGGCUCUGAGUCUAUACCCGCCAAUGAAUCAUGCAGCUGUACGACUUAAUGCUGCAAAGCUAUCCUCCGUUCUGAAAAAAGUGCUGGAGAUCACAAGAGCAAGCCACGUUUGUCCUGGAGAAAACUCUUCUUGGGUGCAAUUUCUUAGUGGAGCUGUGGACCACAACAUGGAGAAAACCAAGAACUUGACCCAGAACACCCUCUGAAUGUAUUUUUCAGUAUGAAAACUGUGCUAGUUUUUUUUUUUUUUUUUUUGGCCUAUGCACCUUCACAGUCGCACGUGACUCAUAGCAAAAUGUUACAGUUGUCAUCAUUAUGUAACCAAGAUUUUCAGCAGAUACAUGGAACUGCGGGACAUUUUACGGAUAUAUCUAGAGACCAUAAGAAACAUUUAACAAAUAUCUCAAAGUUAUUUUCCGUUCAUUCUUAGAGGAUAUUGUAUAGAUUCAUCUCUAUAGGUGGCUUCCUAGAUUUUCAUGGAUCACGGGCCAAGCAGCAAUAUGGGUUCUUGGAGCAGUCUGUAAAAAGCAAAUAUACUUUGCUAAGAAUUAAAUAACUUGCAUGCUAUAUUCAGACACGGACUUUAAUAAAGAAGAAUGAAAAUAUAUAUAUUUUUAAACAUA